CUCCCACGGCGGAGUGGAGAGCCUGUUCAGAGGGGCCGGUCUCCCUAAAUAUGCCCCAGGAUGACGGAGCGGCCGCCGAGCGAGGCGGCACGCAGUGACCCUCCACCAGAGGGACGGGAGGCGGCCGAGGCCCGCAUGGCCCCCCCGCACCUGGUCCUGCUGAACGGCGUCGCCAAGGAGACGAACCGCGCUGCCUCGGCCGAGACCCCCGUGAUCGAGCUGGGCGCGCGCGGCGGCCCGGGGGGCGGCCCCACCGGCGGGGGCGGUGCCGCGCGGGACUUAAAGGGCCGCGACGCGGCAGCGGCCGAAGCGCGCCAUCGGGUGCCGACCACCGAGCUGUGCAGACCUCCCGGGCCCGCCCCUGCGCCCGCACCGGCUCCCGCCCCGGCGGAGCUGCCCGGCGACGGCCGGAUGGUGCAGCUGAGCCCGCCCGCGCUGGCGGCCCCCGCCGCCCCCGGCCGCACGCUGCUCUACAGCCUCAGCCAGCCUCUCGCCUCCCUCGGCAGCGGGUUCUUUGGGGAGCCAGAUGCCUUCCCUAUGUUUGCCACCAACAACCGAGUGAAGAGGAGACCCUCCCCUUAUGAGAUGGAGAUUACUGAUGGUCCCCAUACCAAAGUCGUAAGGCGCAUCUUCACCAACAGCCGGGAGCGAUGGCGGCAGCAGAAUGUGAAUGGGGCCUUUGCUGAGCUCCGCAAGCUGAUCCCCACGCACCCCCCAGACAAGAAGCUCAGUAAGAAUGAGAUUCUCCGCCUGGCCAUGAAGUACAUCAACUUCCUGGCCAAGCUGCUCAAUGACCAGGAAGAGGAGGGCACCCAGAGGGCCAAGCCUGGCAAGGACCCCAUGGUGGGGGCUGGUGGAGGAGGUGGUGGGGGAGGCAGUGGUGCACCUCCAGACGAUCUCCUGCAGGAUGUGCUGUCCCCCAACUCCAGCUGUGGCAGCUCCCUGGAUGGGGCAGCCAGCCCGGACAGCUACACAGAAGAGCCUGCACCCAAGCACACAGCCCGCAGCCUCCAUCCUGCCAUGCUGCCUGCCACUGAUGGAGCGGGCCCUCGGUGAUGGGUCUGGGACCAUCCUGGGCCAGCCAGGAGGGUUCCCUCAGGCCGCUGGGACGGUGGGCUUCAAGGCAGGUGGGCAAAGACUGGGCAGCUCUGAAGUAGGGCAAUGGACUUGAACUUUCCUUGCUGCCUGAACUUUGGGAAGCCCAAACUGCCCUGGGGCUGGCUUUUCACUUCCUGCCUCAGCAGGAGAACAGAAAAUGGAGCAAAGUGAAGAGGAGUAAUCGCUCCAGGUACCUGACCUUUGUACAGCCCAGAGGCCAACACUGUGGGCGUGUGACUCUAGCGACAAAACCCAUGUGGUGAUGAUGUGUGUGUAUAUAUAAGGAUAUAUUGGGAAGAUUUCUAAAUAAAAGUUUUACAAAGG